AUGUCGGGUUUACUUUACUCGGUUCCUUACCGCCUCGACGAAAAAUUCACGGUUGAGAUGCGCGUCGGCUAUCGCCCUAACCAGAGCAGGAUCUUGGGCCUGCACCAACUGGGCUGCAGGAAAAGGACAAUAGUGAUUCACGAGCUCUUGCACGUGCUCGGCAUGCAGCACAUGCACCAGUGCAACGACAGGAACGAGCACGUGGAAGUCUACCGCGACAACAUCAUCACUAAUUAUCUGGACCAAUACGAUAUGAGAUUUUCAGAGUACUACAGCCUCCCCUAUGAACUAGAAUCCGUGAUGCACUAUGACGUGUGGGCUUUCGUGAAGAAAGGCUCCGACCACACCAUGCGGCCUCGAGAGAUCAAGGACGCCUCCGGAGCCAGGACCACGUCCUCGACCAUUGCAAAAAGGAAGAGGACAUCGCGUGGGUCAAUAGGGUCUAUGAAUGCCCCUGCCAUUACCUGGGUGAUAACCUGCCCGGCGCCACAAUGUCCUAUGUAG